AUGAAUUUGUUUCCGUCAUUGCCCACUACUUUCCCGUAUGACAACGCCAAUGUGUACUUUUACGGAAGAGACAGUGAGCCCGUGUUGAAAGAAGCUGUUCUCUUUUUGCCGUUCGAUUGGCUCGUCUGGCUUGCAAUGUUGGCUUCUUUUUCGUUUUUAUUUAUUACUGGCUACAUAAUUACCAAGCUUCUAAAUAAGAAACAAGCAAAUGUUCAUGUUCUGGCUUUACCCUUUGCAGCCUUGCUGUUGCAGCAGGGGCCGCCCACUUCUCGAGAGAUUGAAAGGUUUCUUUCGCUGCGAUUUAUUCUUGGAACAUGCGCUCUUUCUGCGACUGUACUUGCCACGGGAUACAAAGGGGCUCUUGUUUCACUUUUCUCAAAUGUCCCUCUUACGGGUGAGGCAAUCACAGCUACAACAUAUAAGAUCCAAGAUACUGGUUCUAGGCUUUAUGGAGUCGGCGGACUUUUAUUCCAAGAGGUUGAAGGUGAUCCAACCGUGAGGUACAAAGAGUGUUUCGAACCAUCCGGCAGAAUCAAGACAGCAAAGGACGGCAAGGACGCCUAUCUGAUCUAUGGCUCUGGAUACGAAGACGCCGACUACUUCGAAGAUCAACUUCUCGGCAAGAACUACAUAGAGUCUGUUUGGGAUGAGGUUCUUACUGGACCUCAAACAUGGACUUACUCUCCUUGCCGAAACGCCACAAGUAAUCUUUUUUCGCGAGCGUUUGAAGCUGGCAUUUUUAAACACUUUGUAUCACUUGCCAAUCAUAAACGGUUUGGGACACGUGAAUUCAAGAUGCCUAGAGCUCUGACUGACGAAGAACCAAUCACAGUGAGCGAUCUUCGUCCAUGUUUCGUUCUGUGGGUGGGUGGAAUCAUACUUUCUAGUACAGUUUUUAUCAUUGAGAAGAUAGUAGAGAUAAGUCAAGGCCUCGCCUUACCUAGGAGUAGGCGUAGGGUUCUUCAUGGUUGA